GCAUGCGCGGCGGGGGCGGGCCGAGAGGUGGGACGGCCCGCGUCUUCCGUGUGCCACCGCCGCCGCCUCUGCUCUGCUGCUUUUGCCCUUCUGGGGCUGCGUAGCCGGCGUUAGCCACGCGAGGGGAAGAGAGGGGACAGACGGAGCGUGCGUGCGCGGGGCUUCCCGCGGUCCCAGCAGUUCCUCUCGCGGGGUGGACGACGGGGUCAGCAGCAGUCGGGGGAGGCCCUAGACGGCGCCAUGUCGGCGGGCGGUCCAUGCCCGGCAGGGGCCGGAGGGGGCUCAGGGGGAGCCUCUUGCGCCGUGGGGGUCUCCCCUGGCGGGGUAUCUAUGUUCCGAUGGCUGGAGGUACUGGAGAAGGAGUUCGACAAGGCCUUCGUGGACGUGGAUCUGCUCUUGGGCGAGAUUGAUCCGGACCAGGCGGACAUCACUUAUGAGGGGAGACAGAAGAUGACCAGCCUGAGCUCCUGCUUUGCGCAGCUUUGCCACAAAGCCCAGACUGUGUCCCAAAUCAACCACAAGCUAGAGGCACAGUUGGUGGAUCUGAAAUCUGAACUGACAGAGACCCAAGCAGAGAAAGUUGUAUUGGAGAAAGAAGUACAUGAUCAACUUUUACAGUUGCACUCUAUUCAGCUUCAGCUUCAUGCUAAAACUGGCCAAAGUGUUGACUCUGGUACCAUUAAGGCAAGAUUGUCUGUCCCCUCUGUGGAGGAGCUGGAGAGAGAGCUUGAAGCAAACAAAAAAGAGAAAAUGAAAGAAGCUCAACUUGAAGCUGAAGUGAAGUUAUUGAGAAAAGAGAAUGAAGCCCUUCGCAGACAUAUAGCUGUUCUCCAGGCUGAAGUUUAUGGGGCAAGACUGGCUGCCAAGUAUUUGGAUAAGGAACUGGCAGGAAGAGUCCAACAAAUACAGCUACUUGGACGAGAUAUGAAGGGACCUGCUCAUGAUAAGCUUUGGAACCAGCUGGAAGCUGAAAUACAUUUGCAUCGUCACAAAACUGUUAUCAGAGCCUGUCGAGGACGCAAUGACCUGAAGCGACCGAUGCAUGCUCCCCCAGGCCACGAUCAAGACUCUUUAAAGAAAAGCCAAGGUGUUGGUCCAAUUAGAAAAGUUCUCCUCCUUAAGGAAGAUCAUGAAGGCCUUGGCAUUUCAAUUACAGGUGGAAAGGAACAUGGUGUUCCAAUCCUCAUUUCUGAGAUCCAUCCAGGGCAGCCUGCUGAUAGAUGUGGAGGGCUGCACGUUGGAGAUGCUAUUCUGGCUGUUAAUGGAGUUAACCUACGGGACACAAAGCAUAAAGAAGCUGUAACCAUUCUUUCCCAGCAGAGAGGAGAGAUUGAAUUUGAAGUAGUUUACGUGGCUCCUGAAGUGGAUUCUGAUGAUGAAAAUGUAGAGUAUGAAGAUGAGAGUGGACAUCGUUACCGUUUGUACCUUGAUGAGUUAGAGGGAAGUAGUAAUCCUGGUGCUAGUUGUAAAGACACAAGUGGGGAAGUCAAAAUGUUACAAGGAUUUAAUAAGAAGGCAGUUACUGAUGGACACGAAAAUGGAGACCUAGGAGCUUCAAGUGAAACUCCUAUAGAAGACAGUGCUUCUAAAUUAGAUGAUCUACACAGUCUGUAUCAUAAAAAGUCUUAUUAAAUUGACUGUAUCUGCAGACAAGAUUGUUAAUCAGACUAUUCUGAAUUUGGGGCACUAGGGAAGAUGGUGACAAAGACUAUACAAGAUUUAAGGAGGCUGUUUAUUGCCUAAAUGAAAGGCGGGUACCUCAGGGCUUCAUGUGAACAAUUCUAAAUGCAUAAAACUCCCUGUUUUCUGUGGUAUACCAUAAUUAGCUAUUGCAUGAAAAGCAAUUUUGAUUUUCUUCAAAUUAUAAAGUACCAAAGCAUGUGUUUCCCAAAAGGAUAGUGUUAGGCUCUUAAGUACCAAAUGAAGCACUACUGUUUUAUUUGAUUCCUUUUCCAUUUAGUAGAAGGACAAUGCUAACUGGAUUUUUUUUUUUUUUUAAGGAAUAGCCUUUAAAUAUAAGAGAAUAAAUGAAUUCAUAUCGUAUGUUCCAGAAUGUUAAGUGUGAUGUUUCAAAGGACAGAACUUGACUCAGUGAAUUGCAGAAAUAUAGGCUUGACUUAAAUUUGUUUUUUAACUGAAAGAAUGGUUUUAGUGUUUUUUUAAAAUUUAAUGUGCUUCCUGAUGUCUAAAUCAGUUCUUAAUGAUCAUUUAUUAUAAUGAGUUUGCUUUUCAAUGUUAUUUAUGCAGUACAGAAUAGUUUUCUUUAAGCAAUCCUGUAUCAAUCAAUGCUGCACUAGAAAUAGUUUCAGUUAUUGUACUUUUCAGGUUUUUUAAAAGAAAUGCCGAUGAGUGUGAAAUAUCUGUUCUCAAUUAUGUUGAUUUGUCUGCGCGGUAUUGGAGCAUUACGUUAUUGUUUAGUCACAAAUGCUUUUUUUCUGGAAUCCACAAAAGACAGUUUUAUACAUUUUGAGUUGUUCAUAAUGUUUGUAUUGUGAUAUUCCUAGCACUUAAAGGUACAUUUUUUUCCUGGCAGUAAAACUCAAAUUUAUUACUAUGUCAAUGAGAUACAUUUAAUUCAAACAGCAGUUUUCUCUCAAAGCAUUGAUAACUAACUGAUUUGCCAAUAAUCUAUAAAUCUGAGGCACUGGUGGUGGGCAGGAUAAAGUGAACAUGUUUUGAUAUGAUAAUUUUUUGGUUGGCUUUUCAGUGUUAAAUUUGACUAAAGUGCUUUUCAUACGCAAACUAGAUUUGCUACUUCUCUUAUCCCAGGAAUAAGCUCGGAGUGCCUGCUCUCGUACGUGCUGUUCCGCAGGCCACUGUACCCUGCAAGGAAAAGUGAAAAACAUUGCAUUUGAAGAGAUGAUAGUUUUGCCAAUAUCAUUGUUUUAAAGAAUACACAUUUAAGGGAAUAUAAGUUGGGAGAAGGCUUUUAGAGUAUUAUCAGUAUCUCAUUUCUAAUAUUCAGAUGUUAUGUGAUAUAAAACACAUUCUCUUGUCUUUCCUAGAUGCACUAUAUGUUUGUUCAUAGGUAAAUCUAUAAAAUGUAUAUACUUUAUUUGGUGGUUUUGCUAUUUAUAAAUUUUAUGUUUCAACUGUUACUCAUUUAUUGUUUUGGUAGUUUUGUUCAUCUGUAUAUCACCAUGUUAAUUUGUAAUAGGAAAUGCACUUCAUAGUAUAUGUGGUUACUGAUACUAAAAUACCUUUUAGCAUAAUAUUGCCUCUGAGCAAAAACUAGUAUUUAGUUGUGCAACUGAAUAAGGAAGCCACAUGUUACUGUUUGCUCCUGACAGGCUAGGACUGUUAAAAGAAAAAUGCUUCCUCCUUAUGCGUUUCCCCUACUCUAUCUAGCACAUACCCCCAUGCAUGAUGUGAGAUCUAUAAACUGGAUUUUAACCAGUGUAUUCGCUCAGUCAAAAAAAAUUUCCAUUGCCACAUAUCUGAAAGCCUUUUUGUUGUGACUUGAAACUAUGUUAUUCUUAUCUUUUUAAAGCACCAUCUAGGAUGGGAAGGCCUUGGCAGUUUUUCAGAGAGUAUCUUUUAUCUACUAAGGCCGAAUCCUUAGGAAAUAUUAACCAAAGCCUUUUGAUUUUCAAGGACUAAUAUGUCUAUAAAGAGUUUUUUUAAGAGCCUUGAGUUGGCAUUUCUAUGAGGACGCUGUGUAAUGUAAAGGAUUGUAUGAGAUGGUUAUGAUAGAAACUCCCUUCUUGGGCUGAUAAGCAAAGUGAAAAAUGUUCCAGUUAGUUUAAAAUUACAGAGGUCAGUUCCCAUUUCAUUCCUGCUUCACCUUGGUUUGCAGCCCAUGUGAGAGCACUGUUGCUCAGGGAUUACUAUGAGAUUCCCAUCUGGUGUUUAGAAAGUACUUGGUUAAAAGUUCCUUUUAGAAUAUAUGGUCUUUGGGAGAUGAACUGAGAAUUACAGACUCUUUCCAGAGGUCUAAAUGAGAAGCAGUUUUUAUGUUUUCAGAUUUGUAAGAAAGAAACUUUAUUUCCAGGACAAAACCAGAUAAGGAGAGAACUGUUGCAAAGCCAUUACAAUUAAAAAGGAAAAAAGAAAAGUAUACAGAUGCACACACAAACAGAAUAGCUGAGAAAAAAUUUCAAGAGUAUGAGGGUUGUAUGUAUGUGUGUAUAUAUUAACUUCUACAGUUCUAAGUGUCUGUGACUUUGAUGGCAAAGCGCGUUUGGGUUGUGAGACUUUAAAAUAGAUUGAAAAGAGAUGAAAAUUUUGAGAUCCUUGGUAAUAUAAACAAAUGGUUUUUGCUGACUUAACAGUUGUCAAAAGUUAGCUCAGCAUUUCUUUGGUGCUGGUUCUAUCCCCCCCCCCCCCCCCGCCGUAGACUUUGUUUUCAUGUUUAGAAACAAAAUAUAUUGAUUCAUGUGUAAGUUGCCUAUUUCUGAUGUCCUUAUUAUGUAAUGCACUAUCCCAGCUACCCAGUUUUCUGUGUAGGGUUGGCCUCAAAUCUAUAGGAUUUUUGACAAAUGUAUCAUAUCUAGUUGCGUUGAGUUUUAGUAUUUUUUUAUUAGCCUGUAAAUAAAGAUGGCAUCUCUCCUAUAAUGAAAUGGUAUUAAUCUCAUUUAAAAAUAAACAUUUUACAAGUCUU